AUUUCAGAGAAAACAAAACUUAGACUAUCAUAUCACACUCGCUCUCGCUCUCUCGCUUUCGCUCGCUCGCUCGCUCUCUCGCUCUCUCUCUCUCUCUCUCUCUCUCUCUCGCAGUGUGAGUGCAGGACAAUGGCGGAGGCCAGUAUUUCAGUAGAUCAUUUUUCUGUGGAUCAGUUCAGCUGUCCAGUGUGUCUGGAUCUCCUGAAGGAUCCAGUGACUACUCCCUGUGGCCACAGUUUCUGUAAGGUGUGUAUUAAUGGCUGCUGGGAUCAGGAGGAUAUGAAGGGUGUCUUCAGCUGCCCCCAGUGUAGAGAGACUUUCACUCCAAGGCCUGUUCUACGCAGGAACAACAUGCUGACUGAAGUGGUGGAGAAACUGAAGAGUGAUCUCCAAGCUGCUUCUCCUGCUCACUGUUACACUGGACCUGGAGAUGUGGAGUGUGAUUCCUGCACUGGGAGAAAACACAAAGCCGUCAAGUCCUGUCUGGUUUGUUUGGCCUCCUAUUGUGAAGAUCAUCUUCAACCUCACUAUCAGUCUCCUGCCUUUAAGAAGCACAAGUUAGUUGAAGCCUGUGCAGAGCUCCAAGAGAAGAUCUGCUCUGAACAUGACAAACUGAUGGAGUUCUACUGUCGUACUGACCAAAGCUUCAUCUGUUACUUGUGUGCGAUGGAAAAACAUAAAGGCCAUGACAUGGUUGUAGCUGAAGCCGAAAGAAAUAAAAAACAAAAAAAGCUAAAGGAAGAGCAGCAGAAAACACAGUGGAGAAUCAAGGAGAAACAGAAGAAGGUUCAAGAGCUGGAACAGACUAUGGACACUAUUAAGACACGUUCACAGGCAGCAGUAGAUGACAGUGAGAGGAUCUUUACUGAGCUGAUCAGCUCCAUGGAGAAAAAGCGCUCUGAGGUGAUGGAGCUGAUCAGAGAUCAGGAGAAAGCUGAAGUGAGUCGAGCUGAACGACUCCUGAAUCAACUGGAGCAGGAGAUUGCUGAUCUUAAGAGAAGAGUCACUGAGCUGGAGGAGCUUUCACACACACACGAUCACAUCCACUUCCUCCAGAGUUUCCCGUCUCUCUGUGUCUCUCCUGGAUGUGAAGACUCACCCAGCUUCACUGUCAAUCAACAUCUCUCAUUUGAUGGAGUGAGGAAAUCUCUCUCACAUCUAAAAAAACGAGUCGAGGAAAUCUGUGAAGAGGAAAUUCACAAAAUUGUAAUUCAUGAUUUCUGUUACCUGACUCUGGAUCCAAACACAGUACAUCGUAAACUUAUUCUGUCUGAGAUGAACAGAGUGGUGACACACAGUAAGACAAAACAGCAAUACUCUGAUCAUCCAGAGAGAUUUGACUGCAGGUCUCAGGUGUUGUGUAAGGAGAGUGUGUGUGGACGCUGUUACUGGGAGGUGGAGAGGAGCGGUGAUGUGUUCAUUUCAGUCUCGUAUAAAGAGAUCAGCAGGAAAGGAGAGGGUUAUGAGUGUGGGUUUGGAUGCAACAGUCAGUCCUGGAGUCUGCAGUGUUUUUCUUCCUUUGUCUUUUUCCGGCACAACAACAUUAAGACUAAGCUCAAAGGUCCAGCAUCCUCCAGAAUAGGAGUGUAUGUGGAUCACAGUGCAGGAACUCUGUCCUUCUACAGCAUCACUGACACGAUGAGGCUCCUCCACAGAGUCCACACCACAUUCACUCAGCCUCUAUACGCUGGGUUCUGUUUAUGGAAUUUUGACUCAACUGUGAGAUUAUGUGAUCCAAAAUUAAAUGAAUGUACUGUAUAUGUCAAUGAAAGUGAUGAGGAUAUGAAUUUGACAGAGAUUUGUGAUAAUACCAAAAAGGGAAGGGAAUAUGCGCUGCUCGGGAACUACGACUCUUCGAUGGUGUACUACCAGGGCGUUCUACAACAGAUCCACAAGCACUGUCAGUCUCUUAGAGAUCCUGCUCUGAAGGUCAAAUGGCAGCAGGUUAGACAGGAGUUGUUGGAGGAAUAUGAACAGGUCAAAGGCAUUGUAAACACUCUGGAGAGUUUCAAGAUGGAUAAACCAGUUGAUCUUCCCAGUACUCGACCGGAGGACUACGCCCGAGACCCUGCGGUGUGGCCGCCUCCCACCCCUGUGGAGCACAGGAUACCUGCUCAGGUGAAGAGGCCAAACACCGGUGCUAAGGUCCAGCGUAAAGACUGUCCUGUCCGAGGUGCUGCAGGAAAGGGCCAGCCAAAUUCAAAAUCAGACCGACCUGCUGCCCGUGACCCUCGCAAUCCUAAAGUUAAAGAAGAGAAGGGUAAGAACAUCCAGGAGGGGGCAGCGGAAGGAGAAUUAAAGAAGUUUGAUGAUGCAGGUUAUGACAGUGACUUGGUUAAUAUUUUGGAGAGAGACAUCGUGUCAAGAAAUCCUAAUAUCCACUGGAAUGAUAUAGCAGACUUGGAGGAUGCCAAGAAACUGCUACGGGAAGCUGUGGUUUUGCCAAUGUGGAUGCCAGAUUUCUUCAAAGGGAUCCGGCGCCCAUGGAAGGGUGUGCUGAUGGUUGGACCUCCAGGUACAGGAAAGACCAUGUUGGCUAAAGCUGUAGCUACCGAGUGUGGUACCACUUUCUUCAACGUCUCAUCUUCUACACUUACCUCCAAGUACCGGGGAGAGUCAGAGAAACUUGUUCGGCUGCUCUUUGAAAUGGCUCGAUUUUAUGCCCCCACUACGAUAUUCAUUGAUGAAAUCGACUCAAUUUGCGGGAGACGUGGAACAUCAGAUGAACAUGAAGCAAGUCGCAGAGUUAAAUCUGAGCUUCUGGUGCAGAUGGAUGGUGUAGGAGGUGCGACUGAAAAUGAUGACCCCUCUAAAAUGGUGAUGGUUCUGGCUGCAACAAACUUUCCUUGGGACAUAGAUGAAGCCCUGAGGAGAAGGUUGGAAAAGAGGAUCUAUAUUCCACUGCCCACUGUAAAAGGGCGAGUGGAUCUCCUCAGGAUUAGCCUGAGCGAGGUGGAAGUGUCUCCUGAUGUUGACUUGGCUGCCAUCGCUGAGAAGAUGGAGGACUACUCUGGUGCUGACAUCACCAACAUCUGCAGAGAUGCAUCCAUGAUGGCAAUGCGUCGGAGGAUUCAGGGCUUGAGCCCAGAGGAGAUUCGAGCACUAUCCAAAGACGAGCUGCAGAUGCCUGUCACCAUGGAGGACUUUGAAAUUGCACUCAAAAAGAUCUCCAAGUCUGUUUCUGCUGCCGACCUGAAAAAAUAUGAGGCCUGGAUGAAUGAAUUUGGCUCUCAAGACGAACAAAUCGAGAUCCACUGUGGUGCUGAACAAAGCUUCACCUGCUACUCGUGCACGGUGGAUGAACACAAAAGCCUGGAUAUGGUUUUGAAUCAAACUGAAAUAACUGAAAAACAGAAUGAGCUAAAGGGGGAGCAGAUGAAAUUCCAGCAAAGGAUCCAGGAGAAGCAGAAGAAGGUGCAGGAGCUGAAACAGACUGUGGACAUUAUUAAGCGUUACGAUGUGAUGGAGCUGAUCAGAGAUCAGGAGAAAGCUGAAGUGAGUCGAGCUGAAGGAAUCCUGAAUCAACUGGAGCAGGAGAUUGCUGAUCUUAAGAGGAGAGUCACUGAGCUGGAGCAGCUUUCACACACACACGAUCACAUCCACUUCCUCCAGAGUUUCCCGUCUCUCUGUGUCUCUCCUGGAUGUGAAGACUCACCCAGCUUCACUGUCAAUCAACAUGUCUCAUUUGAGGGAACAAGGAAAUUUUUCUCAGAGCUGAAAAAACAAGCUGAGCAAAUCUCUGCAGCAGUUCAGAUGAUUUUACCCUCAGAACUGAAGAUCAGAGAAGAUUUUCUGCAGUAUUUCUGUUACCUGACUCUGGAUCCAAACACAGUACAUCGUCAGCUCAUCCUGUCUGAGAUGAACAGAGCAGUUUCAUGCAGUGAGACAAAACAGAGCUACUCUGAUCUUCCGGAGAGAUUUGACUCCUGGCCUCAGGUGUUGUGUAAGGAGAGUGUGUGUGGACGCUGUUACUGGGAGGUGGAGUGGAGCGGUGGUGAUGUGUUCAUAUCAGUCUCAUAUAAAGAGAUCAGCAGGAAAGGACAGGGUUAUGAGUGUGGGUUUGGACGCAACAGUCAGUCCUGGAGUCUGCAGUGUUCUUCUUCCUCUGUCUCUUUCUGGCACAAUGACAUUAAGACUGUGAUCCAAGAUCCAGCAUCCUCCAGAAUAGGAGUGUAUGUGGAUCACAGAGCAGGAACUCUGUCCUUCUACAGCGUCUUAGACUCGAUGGCACUCCUCCACAGAGUCCACACCAAAUUCACUCAGCCUCUAUAUGUUGGGGUUUAUAUAUGGCGAUAUAACUCAACUGUGAGGUUAUGUGAUCCAAACUGAACUGUUAGUCAUACUGUUAAUUACAGUUACAAAAAUAUUACAGUAAACUUACAACUGAGGUUUAAUUUCCACCUGCAUUAUGAACACGAAACUGUAACACUUCAACAGUCUAUCUAUCUAUCUAUCUAUCUAUCUAUCUAUCUAUCUAUCUAUCUAUCUAUCUAUCUAUCUAUCUAUCUAUCUAUCUAUCUAUCUAUCUAUCUGUACUGAUAUGAAUCAUAUACAAUGUAUUGUAAAUUAAAUUUUGUCUAUGGC